GCCAGCCAAGCCAGCAAGGACGGAGGAGGAAUUUUUGACCAUUGCCAUUGGCAAAUAAUUCGCAUUGGUAAUCGAUCAAAAUAGACCCUCAUAAAUCUUGAGCACAGCAUGGAAUGACCGGCGACAUUUCCAUUCAAAGGACGAGGUACGUUGUAGUUGUCAGCUAGCGCAGGACAUUAGUAUUUUAGUGGUUUCUUUCCUCGUGACCCUCACUAGGCCUCAGGCUUCAAAUUAUCACGGAAUGGGCCGGCCGGCUGACGUGACGAGCCUCUGACGGCGGGUUCCAACUAACUAAUUACUUACUAGGCUCUUCGUCGCAGCAGUGUGGCAUCUUCCAAACGGACGAAACCGCCUUGUUUUCUGAGUUGCGGAGUUGCGCGGUUCUUGCUCAGGACAGGGCCGGCCCGCGAGCUGCACGAGGAGCCGCCACAGCAUCACAGGGGGUGGGCGAACAGGGAUUAGUAGAUCUACUGUGUAGUCUGCUGCUGACUCGACCACGCUGCUCGCCACGGUGGAUGUCGCACUGGGAGUGAGAGAAGCGAACUCGGAUUCGGACGAUGGGAGCUCGCCAGUCGUUCCCGACAGUGGACCUGCGUGGUCGUGUUGCAAUCGUAACCGGUGCUAACUCCGGUACGGGCUAUGAGACUACGAAAGCCCUGGCCAGGAUGGGGGCCAAGGUCAUCAUGGCCUGCAGAUCACAGAGCAGAGUAGAGCAGGCAAUGGAGAGAAUGCGGAAAGAGCUGCCAGGUCAAACGCUGGACGUGGCGUAUGUCAAGCUAGACCUGGCAUCCAUGUCCUCCACCGUACAAUGUGCUGAGCAGUUCAUGAGUGAGCAUGAUCACCUGCACAUACUCUGCUGCAAUGCGGGCAUCAUCGGACACCAAUUCGAGCUGACUGAGGACAAGAUAGAGUCCGUAUUCCAGACCAACUACCUGUGCCAUUUCCUGCUGAUUGCUCGCCUCGUGCCGGCCAUGGCGAAGUGCGGUGCGGAUGCACGCAUAGUCUCCGUGUCGUCCACUGGCCACGUCUUCGUUGGCAACAUGGCCACCGGCAAGACCAACUCCCGGGAAGCGUUCAACCGUCUCGGCGUCUACGCCAACACCAAGCUGUACCAGGUAAUGAUGACGGCGGUGUUGCAGCGUCGCCUACGGGACACGUGCGUGACGGUCACGAGUGUCCACCCGGGAGAUGACGUGCAUGAGGAGAUUGGUUCGCAGGCGUGGCUUGACGGCUUCACAGCAGUGGGUAGACUACCAUCUCCCGCUAAAGCAGCUGUGUCUAUCAUUUACGCCUGCGUCAGUCCGCAGCUAGCGGGUCACCCGCCGGUUUUCAUGGCCAAGUGCCGACCGUACGUGGAAAGCGUCGAGGCAAGUAACAAAUCCAAGCAAGAGGAGCUGUUCGAUUACAGCGUGAGGUUGUUGCGCGAGCACAUCGGCGAGGAAGGCGCCCGAGUGCUGGGCAUUGACCUAGCGACCGUGAGCUCUCCCGAGCAGACCAGACUGCCGGCAUCGCAGCAAACGUAGCGCACCGCUCGCGCACACUCGCAUCCGGAGUUCGCCUCGUAACUUGUAGAGUGCCCUGUAAGGGAGUAUGCUAUGUAGGCGACGCUUCAACACUGAAGCUAGCCCAGUGCCCUCCCUGUCGUCGGCUGCAUAGAACGUACGAGCGCUCAUCAGAUACAGCCGUCAGUCGAUCACGGAUACUCACUAAGAUGGGUGCACUCGGAUGUACACCACGUAGAGGAGAAAGUCGUAACGCGUCCGUUGUUAUGACUGCCCUCCGGUUUUGAUCAGUGCCGGGUCAAGCGGCAGAUGGCUCAGUGCAUCUUAACCAACGCCGGGUUAAGCGGCAGAUGGCUCAGUGCAUCUUGACCAACGCCGGGAGCACACCUGCAGGAGGGAGGAGGAGUUUCCUGUGACGACACAACCGCAGUGCAGGAUGUCUCGUUGAGUGGCGGCGCAUGUGUUUGGGUGGUGGGGGAAAGACAGGAGCGAGUCACCUGCCGGCGGUCAUGCAACACAGUGCGUGUGGAAUAGCUGGGGGGGGGGG